AUGCCAGACAAGAAAGGCGCAACCAUGCUUGAGGACCUGCCAGGGGAGAUUAUGGACAUGAUACUCAUCCAAUUGCCCUCCAAAGACGUCGGCUGUUGUCGAGUUGUCAACACGUCAUGGCGCAGUGCCACAUCCACCCCCAAAUUCAUGCUCGAACACCACCGCCGACAGCCAUUGGUUCCCAUUGUUGAUGCGCAUGGGCGGGCUGUCAGUCAUGUCGUCUUUGGUGACAUCGGUGGUGGCACCUCCAGUCAAGAGCUCUGGCCGUUGGUCCGGGAAGGCAAUCUCAGUUUCACUCUCAAAGGCUCCUGCGAUGGCUUCUUGAUUAUCUACCAUCACACGCAACCCAGUUUCUUCAUCUGCAACCCGGUCACCUGCAAGUAUGUUAUCCUACCGCAGCCUCAAGGGCAAUUCAACUUCGUAAUUGGUUUCUACCGCCACCAUCCAACUGGAGAAUAUAGGGUGCUCUGGUUCUCUCGGUCACAUGACUCGUCUAAAUCCAGCGUAUAUGUCCUCAAAGUGGGAUCUGACAAGCCAAGGCGCAUCAUAGUAAAAAUUCCAACGGUGCACUUUUCAUCCGGCUUUUCACCACCAGUCCACCACCGUGGCAGCCUGCAUUGGUGGCUUUCUGGUUCCAGUGACAUCACAGGAGGAUGUGUAGACAUUAUUGUGUUUGACACAGAAGCUGAGUCAUUCCGGUGGAUGCGCAGUCCUGGCCAGCAUUGCCCUAAUAGCAUGCUGUUUGAUAUAAAAGGGACGCUUGCAUUCUGGGCCGGCUCGACUCCUGCUAGUUUCUCCACUAUGGAUGUGUGGGUGAUGCAAGAUUACGAGGCCCAAAUCUGGGCUUUCAAGUAUCGGAUCGAACUGUCAACGGUGGAGGCAUCACGUCAACUUUAUUUAACUUCUUACAAAAAGAAAAAGAGAACACCAAUUGAUUCAAUGGUGCAGUCGUUCAAUGAUAUGGCUGUGUUAAAUGAGCGUGAGCUACUGGUCAGGUUCAAUGGCAAACAUGUGUUGCACUGUGACGUUGAUGGCAAAUUCUUAGGUUUGGUUAAAAUUGGUAAGAAUCAUUGUAUGCGGCUUGCUCAUUACCGCCUCCAGGAGAGCAUUCUUCCAAUUCCGUCCCAUGAGAUGCAUCAAGGUUAA